CUGAGUUGCCGAUGAUCGCGCGGUUAUUUAUCGCACGACAUUUCGUUCCGGACGACUUUUAUCAGCGAUAAACGGCGUAUUUCGUGGGCGCGGAUCAUCAUUCACGACGGCGUGUGCGACCGCGCGCGAUUGGCCGCGCGGGAGCACCGCGUACCGCCCCCUCAGUACGUUAUGGAAUGCGCGACGGACAGCUACCGUGUUACGCGGCUCCGCACGAUGCCCGGCCGUAGAGGCACGCCAACGGACCGGAAUACGUGCGUGCGACGCGGCCGCGGGCACGACGACGUCUCGCUGCUCGACACCGGACACGGUACGCGCCCUUGCCGUCGACCGCCGUGCGCCCACCGACCGUCGCCGUACGCCGAUCGUGCGAGUCCCCGUGUCAUUUUUCGUCGCCGCCGUCGCCGUCGGUAGCACCUCGUAUACGUGGCAACAGAGCCCGAGUGUGGCUGCUGCUGCCGUGUGCGAGCGCUGUGUGUGCUUCCCGUGGGUGUCACUUCCUAGUCGUGAGGGAUCCCGUCGGCGAUCCGCUGACAAAAGGAACGUUUGAUCGCGUUAUCCGCGCGACAUUCGUGACGGCCGUGACCAACGGAGAACCGCGUCUCUCUCUCGUGUCUACAGCGCGACGCGACAGGAACGACGAAACGCGAGACUGGGUCGGGGAAGACGCGAAGCGACGCGACGCCGCGGAUUUCCCGAUCGACCAUCGAAAUCUUCUCGUCCGGGGUGCCAGGAGGUACGACAUUUCGCCCCCGACGGCGGGACGUCGGCGUCGCUGACCCGGUGCCUGGCAUUUCGUCUCGCAGCGCGCGCGAGCUGCCAUUGCAGGGCCCCCUCUGUCCUGGAACGAGCGUCACGCCGACCCUCUCGAGCUCGGAAACUCCGGAUUACGUCGUCGAGCGCGUCGCCGAGGGACACCCAGCUGCACUCGCGACGUCGCCCCGCAACCAGGAGACGGUCCCUUCGUCCCUCGAGGGCGAGGAUAGCGCGCUGGGAAUUUAAUGGUGUGUUCCCAAUGGGCCUGUCUAGCCGCUGAUUACGAUGGGCUGAUGCAGAAUGCGAUUGACUCAUCGAUACUCGGAUGCUCCUUUCUCUGCGGCGUUACCCACAUGAGAGAGCUAACUUGACGAGAAUUAAUGGUGCAUCUGCGCCCUGUCGCUAUUGUCCUCCUGUCAACGUAAUGGAGGAGCCGGUUAAGAAGAAGCAGCGUAUCGAGAAAAGCUCAGGCGCCAAGAAUGGGCUCGCCGACCUCGAGGAGCUGCAGAAGAGCCUGCUCGCGCGGUGUCUGUGCCAUAUGCCGGAGAGCAGUCUACGCAAGCCAUUUACCAACCUCACGGUGAGGGAGGCCGACGGUACUAUUCGGUAUGCCGUACUGUCCGAAUGGGAUACAGAUCAGAUCCUGGAGUGUUUAACCGCUCUGCAGCUGCUGUUCGACCUGGCCAUCAAGCAGUACUUGAAGAAUGUCUUAUGCAAGCGGGUGAUGGAGGUCUGCGAGGCGGUGGCGCGGAACGAGCACGGCAUCGUCGAUCAGAUCAUCGACCUGUCCUACACGAACGACAAGUUCGUGUCGUAUGCGGCGAGUCGCGUGCUCGCGUCGUUCUUCAUCGUCGCGCGGCAGAACAUGGAUGCCGCCUGGUUGGAGAGGCUCACACAGUCCCUAGUUAACACGAGCUCGCCCAGUCGGAUGCUGUUCACCCUGGAUGUAGUCAAGAGAGUGAUCGAGCAUAAAGACUGCAGUAUACACCCGGAGGACGGGGACGCGACAGCGCCGCCGUCCGGUUGCAACACGUUCUUCAUCGACGACUUUGACAGCACGCCAGUCAAGGAGCUGUGUGUAAAGGCGCUCGAGUCCAAGUGGACCAUUCUCGUGUCCAAGUUCAAUGACAUUCUCACGCAGUACACGCCGCAGCAUACGUCUGUCGUCAUAACGUUCCUGCACUUAUGGGAGACCAUCAUCUCGGUCAAAGCCAAUCUUUCCGUCGUUGAAACCAAGCCUUUCUACUCGGAACUGAACGAUCUCGUGCUAUUACUGAACGCCAACGUGCCAGGCGUUAUCUGGCGACAUUUGCUCGGCCUCCUCAACGAGGUGCUGUGUUACGGCAGUACACUGGCGCUACAGGAUAACUUACCGGAGGAACCAUGCUCCCUGGCAACCCUCAUCGUACGCGCUAUCAAGGACUGGCGUCUGCUUGACGCGUUGCCGUACCGCCACGGUUCCGGCAGGUUUGGCGGCGGUGACGGCGAAGGCGAUCGUCCUUUGCUGCAGAAAAUGGUACUACUAGUGCUGAAGAGCGUCGCCGUGACGGUGCGGCAAACGCGCAGCGAUUCUAGCGACUCGUCCCUCGGCUCCGAGGCCGAGGAUCUCGAUGCGGACAUGGCGGUGAUCGAGAGGAGUAUCCGCGAAGUACUGCGUCAACUGGAUCAAUGCGUAAAAACGCUGAUGCCCUUCCAUCCGGAGAUGCCGCUGUCGCAGUGGGUUGUGCAAAUGUUUCACGAUCAAGAUGACUUUCUGAUCGAGGGUAUGGUCUGCUGCUUGGACGUCGCUGUGGGCUUGUUCUAUCGCGGUCCGCCACAGAACGAUCUGGGCCAAAUGCUUAGCCCUACGUUGACCUUUGUGCAAUUCAUUCGCGGUGUGUCGUACGACACGGAACUUCUACUGGAUCUGUUGAUCAGCAACGAGACCUGCUUCCUGCUGUAUCUCUUACGAUUUCUCAAGUACAUUAGGCGUAAUUGGUUCGAGUUCAUGAGGUGCUGCGGCGGCGAACUGGACGACACGAUGCGGGUACUGAUAACAUUACGGCUGACCAUCGAUCGACUGGUGUCUAAGAACUUAUUCCCGUACAACAUUGCUCCGGUUCAUCGUCUACUCGAAAAAUGCGAGUCCUUGUACGAGGGUAACGUGGACAGCUGUAGCACCCACGUGUAAGAUAAAGGGGAUGUUCGGAGAGAUUCGAAUAGUCGCCAAAUCGAUCGAGCGUGUGUAUAAAUUGUAUGAACGGAAUUGUACUCUCCGAACUUAGCUAGGAUUUUGCCAUCUGUAAAAUAUCGUGUGUAGUGUACAGAUCGCCGUAUACCGUCUUAUAAACGCAAAACGGCCGGACUGACUCGUCGCGAUCUCGUCUUUAAAGCUUGAGAAACUCAGGAAGACGAGCGCGUUUCUUAUUUAUUAGUCUUUAGCGAAAUUUUUCAAUAUAGCUGGAAUUGCGAGACGGAAGAAUCUCCGUUCACGAGUCGGCGAGGUUUUGAGAGUUAUACAACUGCGAUUGAGUCUGAGUAGUACAAAAAAAAAGCGAAAUUCGCAUUGAUUGUCUCAAAACUAAACUGCAUUCGUGUGGUGCUAACGAAUUACGUUUCCGCCAAAGCACCAUUGAAAGCAUACAUAUUGAUGUAUACCACUAGUGUAAUAUUUAUAUGUAUACUUCGAGAGCUAUUUGUACAAUUUCCAGUCACACCUGGGUAUUUAUUCUAUACACGCUUUUUGUUCUUAACGAUAGUUGUCGGUGUUGUGCAGAUAUUUUACAAAAAAAUUACGCAAUGAUAUCAACAACUAUCGUAAAAGAACAAAAAGCGUGUACAGAAUACGUACCCUGCAAAUGUAUAACUUUAUUGUAUUUUGAUAAAAAAAAAAUACCUGAGAAAUCUGUACAUAACUCAUAAGCAUCAGAGCCGACUUAAUAAUAUUGAGAAUUUUGCCGGACGAAGUUACAUACUCUUCCAAUAAUUCUGGAAGAAAUUAAAAGAGAAAAAUCUUUUGGAUUAGUCUCGCAUAAAUUAUAAUGCAAGCAGUAAAUAGGGAAGAUGUAACAUGUAGAAAGUUAUAUUGUCGUCAGGUCUUGUACAACUUACGUAAAAAAGAUAUUUUUUUGUAGCAUCAGAUUAUUUCUGAUUUAGGGGAGUCAAGCCGAGAAAUACAAUGUGCAAAAUAUAAUUUUUUACUAAUAUGAAUACUUCUUUAUAAUAUUUUUUCGUAUUAUUCGUACUCUUUUACGGACGAAAAAUUUAAUCUCUUUGCGACUUUAAAAUUCUAAGUGACUGAAAAAAAAAACACCGGUUAUCUGCAGUUGUUUCGAGUUUUUUUCCGAUGAAACCGUAACUGUAAAUAAUGACAUUUACAGCGCUAUACACGCGCGCUGCGUAUUCAACGUAAGAAUUUCCUUUUGUAAGUAAUGUAAUACACUAAAAUUCUUCACGUUUUUACUUUUCUAAUUGUGGUGUCGUUUAAUUCAAUUUCCCCCUGUGAUUGAGCUUACUAAAAUCGUCGGUCUCGCGACGUAAAAAUUCCAUACUCUUACGGGUAAAUCAGAUUUGACUGUAGCUGGAAAAUGUUUUUUUCUUUUUUUUUUUCAAUCAAAUAUUUAUUAUCAUCUAUCCCAAACGCAAGUCAAAUACAAUUGCCAUUAUCGAGACUUACGAUUAAAAUGUAGCCCGGCAGAUUGUCAGUGAUGCCCCGCGAUUAAUCGCGCAAAUAGCGUUCGAUACAUUGAUUAGAGCGACGUAACGCGCUUAGCUCACCGGGACAAACCGUCCGGAUAUCUUCUUUUUCUCUCCUCCUUUUACCUUAGAAAGAUCAAUAUAGAAUUAAGGUUCGUAACGUUAGCCUUCCUUGGCUUAUCUUUUUUUUUAUAAAAUUACGCUACUCUCUAUUUAGAAUUUGCAAAUAUAGCUCUAAUUAUUUAAA